GGAACUCUGACAUUAUUAUAUCAGAGUCAAUGACAUGAGUCCAGACUUACACACCUGUGAAACUCUGACACUGUUAUAUCUGAGAUACAGUCCAUACACAUUUCAAAGACAAAAUCCAGUGGUGCCUCCUUUUUCUCAACACAAAAGGCUAUAAUGCUGGCUUUACUUGUCCUUGUGGUAGCUAUUGUGAUGUCGAUGACUGAUGAUGACUCGAUAUUUUCAACGCUGUCACAAUCUGCAGUCAUCACGAUAUUUGAAUCAUUGGUGCAGAUCUGCGAUGCAGUACGGGAAAAGAUUUUACACCAUCCUUUCUUCAUCGAUGUUGCUUUAUCUACGUUCUCGUUACUCUGGAGUAAACUGUUGUUCUCUGUAGUUACGACUGUACUUGCAAUUGACUAUUUGGUGAAUUCUAGCAUCACUGUCAGCAUAUAUCUCCGUGUUCUACUGUUGGGGACUAUCCUUACGCUUUGUGUACGACGGGCACAUCACUGGCUAUUCAAAGGUAGGAAAGAAGGUCGGAAAGUGUCCGAGAUCACUUACAAAGAUGAAUCUGAGGAGGUUUACAACCAGUCCCGCCAACAAAACGAGGAGGUCGCUUUCCUGUCGAUGUGGGACAUGGGCGGGGACCUGGCCUUCCAGGCGACUAACGCUGUGUUUGUCAGCGCCCACGGAGUCUACAUAAUCACAUUCAGGGCCAUAGACUACUUCACAGACGAUUUACAGAUUGAAAGACUGAAAAACUGGGUUCGAAACAUCGGAGCAUACUCCUCUCGUGUGUACAAUCCGAGUAAACUCAGGACACAUCACCCACCAAUCAUAAUAAUCGGUACACACAUGGAUCAGGUCAACGCCAAAUUUACGAACGAGACUGCUGAUGAGAAGGAUAAUCGACUGCAGAAGAUGCGAUUAAACAUAUGCAGCAUCACUGAACUUACAAAUGCAAAGAAAGAGGAAGGGUUUGUCUUCCUCCGAUUCUGCACUGUUGAUAAUUCCAUACACGACGAUCCGGCUUUUGAGAAGAUAAGAGAGUACAUCCUGGAAGCAGCAGUGUACCAGGACCAGUGGGAAAGAGAACUGCCAGGCUCAUGGCUUGCUCUAGAGAGGGAGAUUCUAAAACAACGAGAAUGGAAACACGUUAUGACAAUUCAAGAGAUCAAAGAAUUGGAUGACCAAUGUGAAUAUCCCAUUGGUGAUGAAGAAAACAUCAAGAUGUUUCUGGAGUACCUCCACUCCACCAGAUCUGUGUUGUACUUUCGCCAGUACGGAAAAGUGAUAAUUAAUCCUCAGUGGGUCAUCAACGCCUUCAGAGAAAUCCUAACAGAUGAGAAGUUCCUGGAUCCUAAUGACCUCCUCCUCACGGCUGACUUAAACAAAUACUCACAAAGCGCUAUCCUGACAGUGGAUCUCGCAAAGACCCUGUGGAAGUCGAAAAAGGAUGGUUCGUACAUUCAGCAUGUCGACAUUCUCUUCGCUUUCUUGGAAGAGUUCGGUCUCCUGGUCAAGGCCUGUCUUGGUCAGGACCAACAGGGAAAUCCGAUAUACGAUGAUGACUACACCGUCCCAAGCAAACUCCAAAAUAUUCCAGACAUGAAUCAAAUCUCUGAUCUUCUCAAUGCCAAAGGGACAGUUUGUUCUCGAACGCUGUGCUUCGUAUUUCAGGAUGUCUUUACUCCGCAAGAAUUGUUCGAACGAAUAUACGCAGGAGUCAUCAAGGCAUUCCGACCAGCGGAGGAAGACUCUGGAAGAAGGCCCCACGACGCAUGUCGCUCAAAGCAGAUCUAUAAAGGACUCGGAUGCUUCAAGAUAGACGAUCUCUGUAACAUGGUCGUUCGGACUCAGUGGGAACAGUCUGUGAUAGCGGUCACGUUGUUUACGACUUCGGAGCCUCGGAUACCAGAGGACACCGGAUUGAAAGUUAGACAGACUCUGGAGACAAUUAUACGACACACUCUAGAGGUGAGCCGCCAGGAUCACCUGAGGUACCGACACCAGCUUCACUGUAGAUUUUACCUGGAGCAAUCAGACAGUCCACGAGAGGGAGACGGAAUAGUCAGGGCAGCGAGAGGUCUGUCCUGUCAGGGCGUGGACUGUUCUGGGGCCCACGUCCUCACAAAACGUGACUGGCACGUUUGGUUUCCAGUUUCUGAGACGGUAUCUCAAGCCGCGAACAGUGGAAACGCAGCUAGAGAGUAUGACUCUGAGUUGCUGACGGACAAAGGUCUACAAGAAAACUUUGCUGUGCAUCUUGGAGCUAGCUGGGAAUGUGUAAUGACGUGUCUGGAUAUUCCUAGGUACACAGUUGACCGGAUUAAGAUGGAUAAUCCGCAUUGCACUCUUACCCAGAUAACCAAGGCCUUGAUCCAUUGGCGUGACACCUUGUCCGCGGACAUUUCGGAGGAGGAAAUGUUAAGAGCAUUGUCAGAAGCUUUUCGAGAGUCUGGGGCUGACAGAAACACCAUAGAUAAGCAGCUCGAGCUGUUUGUCAGUUAAGACUUGAAGAAAAGAGACUUCUUCGAGGAAAAAUACCGCGUUUGAGGAACAUAACAACAAGAUGAGGUUAAUACAUAGAACUGUACUUGCUUGCCAGUUGUGUUUAAGUGUAUAAAGAUACUACUUUAUACAAACGUGUCAACAGGUACACGUAUUUCCUGUCAAAUUGUUUAGAGUUGAUGACAUCAAAGAUUGCUAAACAGACAGAAAAGAUAUCAACGACUUUCAGUAAAAAUUUAUAGUUAGACACAACAGAGCCGAAAAAAAAAAUUAACCGUAUCUUACAGCAGUGUCGACCCUCUAUGUCUCGUCAUUCAUGUUAGGGACAUCAUAAUGAUAAUUUGAUAUUUAAGAUUAAAUUAUAGUUUAUAUACAACGAAUUUGCUUCAUGCCUUAUAAAUUACUUAUUACCCUAUAGUUUUUAUUGUGUGUAUACAUGUUUUGUUUUUGCCAUGUGUAUGUGUAUCGGUACAUGUUGAUAUGUAAAUGAGAUAAGAAGGAUGUGGUUGAUUGACCAAUCAGCGUCCACUUUGGGGGUCACCCUGUUGGGGAUUUUGCACCCCCCAGUAUAGUUUUCUGUGCCUUGCAGCAAGGAAGUGUUCUGCGUUUUUAUCUCGGCUUUUCAAGCUCUUCUUCUCUUCAUACGUCGUUAUUUUCCCAAAAUAAUCGCUAUAACUAACACUAUUCUUCGGUGAACUUUUUUGGAUGGUUACGUCGUUGUGGUGAUCGUGAAAGUUUCCAAUCUUCACGAGUCUGGAGCUACGCCAUUUUGGAUUUAACUUUCUCAGAAGAACAGUUCGUAACUGCCUCCCCACAACUGUAAGUGACGUGUUUUAUUAAGCUAGAGACUCCCACGUUGUUCGUGUUCUGUGCGGUGUUUUGUAAACACUGGAUUAGUACGUAAACUUUGACCUCUCGGCCUCGUGAACUCUCACA